ACACGCUUCCUCACGCAGACCGGCGCCGCACGGGUUAACCGUCCCCCAGGGGCGGCGCCGCGCUGACAGGUGGCGCAUGCGCCCUGCCGCCUCAUUGUGCCCGGCCGGCCCGGCCCCAGCGCGCCUCAGUCGGCGAGCGGCCGUCAGCGCGCGUGGAGCUGCUGCCCCCUGCGGCCGCGCCGCGCCACCUCCGCUCCCCCCUCCUCCCCGCCCGCCAUGGAGUAAGGCCCCCGCCGGCCGGACGGGUGGCUCCGCCGCCGCGCCUCGAUGGCUCUGGUCACGGUGCAGCGCUCGCCUACCCCCAGCGCCACCUCCAGCCCCUGCGCCUCGGAGGCAGACAGCGGGGAAGAAGAAUGCCGGUCCCAGCCCAGGAGCAUCAGCGAGAGCUUCCUCACCGUGAAAGGAGCAGCGCUCUUCCUGCCGCGAGGGAAUGGCUCAUCCACCCCCAGGGUCAGCCACCGGCGCAACAAGCACGCAGGGGAUCUCCAGCAACACCUGCAGGCCAUGUUCAUACUGCUCCGCCCAGAAGACAACAUCAGACUGGCUGUAAGACUGGAAAGCACGUACCAGAACCGCACUAGAUACAUGGUGGUCGUAUCCACCAACGGCAGACAGGACACGGAGGAAAGCAUCGUCCUGGGAAUGGAUUUCUCUUCUAAUGACAGUAGCACUUGUACGAUGGGUUUGGUGCUGCCGCUGUGGAGUGACACCUUGAUCCACCUGGAUGGGGACGGCGGGUUCAGCGUAUCCACGGAUAACAGGGUUCACAUAUUCAAGCCGGUGUCUGUGCAGGCCAUGUGGUCUGCUCUGCAGAGUUUACAUAAGGCAUGUGAGGUGGCGCGAAGCAACAAUUACUACCCAGGGAGCCUCUUUCUCACGUGGGUCAGUUACUAUGAGAGCCACAUCAACUCCGACCAGUCCUCUGUCAACGAGUGGAAUGCUAUGCAAGAUGUGCAGUCCCACCGCCCCGACUCGCCUGCCCUCUUCACAGACGUCCCAACUGAGCGGGAGCGCACGGAGCGACUCAUUAAGACCAAGUUAAGGGAGAUCAUGAUGCAGAAAGAUUUGGAGAACAUCACAUCAAAAGAGAUCCGCACGGAGCUGGAGAUGCAGAUGGUGUGUAACCUGCGGGAGUUCAAAGAGUUCAUCGACAAUGAAAUGAUAGUGAUCCUCGGGCAGAUGGACAGCCCCACGCAGAUAUUCGAUCACGUCUUCUUGGGCUCUGAGUGGAACGCCUCCAAUCUGGAAGACUUGCAGAACAGAGGGGUGCGGUAUAUUUUGAAUGUGACUCGAGAAAUAGAUAACUUCUUCCCUGGCCUUUUUGAGUACCAUAAUAUUCGGGUGUAUGAUGAAGAAGCAACAGAUCUUCUGGCUUACUGGAAUGAUACCUACAAAUUCAUCUCCAAGGCAAAGAAAAACGGUUCCAAGUGCCUGGUGCACUGCAAGAUGGGGGUGAGCCGCUCGGCGUCCACGGUCAUCGCCUACGCCAUGAAGGAGUACGGCUGGAACCUGGACAGGGCGUACGACUACGUGAAGGAACGGCGCACUGUCACCAAGCCCAACCCCAGCUUCAUGCGGCAGCUGGAGGAAUACCAGGGGAUCCUGCUGGCCAGCAAGCAGCGGCACAACAAGCUGUGGCGCUCGCACUCCGACAGCGACCUCUCAGACCACCACGAGCCCAUCUGCAAGUCAGGGCUGGAGCUGAACAAGAAGGAGAUCACUACCUCGGCCGACCAGAUCUCAGAGGCCAAGAGCAACGACAACCAGCAGCCCAUGUCUCCCAUCUACCCCGCUGAGCUGGACCGCGAGCAGCUCGCGGAGGAUGCGAACAUGAUGGAGGAGAGCUGUGUGAAAGAGAGGAGGAUCCACCUGGAGUUCACGUGUAGAGACUUCCACGCGGAGCAGAUGGAGGACAAGCUGAACCUGAACAACAUCAAUGGCUGCACGGCAGGGUGCUGCGUGGAUUCCGUCCCCCCCGAUAACUGCCAUGCUUCUGAGGCCUUAAUGCAACUCCAGCACCCCUUGGAAAUAACAGAAUUUCCUGAUUUGACGGUGGACGAUCUGGAGAAAGAUGCCCUUAAGCCUGAUAUGAACGUGCACUUGGUUCCCAUGGAAGAAUUCGCUUCGUGCUUAAAAGACUCGCCCCAGUCCCCAAACCAAAACGCGCCGAGUCCGCAGCAGAACGCCCAGCCUGAAGGGACGGACCUCAGUACGGACAGGAUCGACUUCUUCAGCGCUUUGGAGAAAUUCGUGGAGCUCUCCCAGGAGAGCAGGUCACGCACCUGCUCCCACUCCCGGCCGGAGGAGCAAGGCACUGGGAGGAACGGGGCGGGCAGGCCGCCCGCGCUGGAGGUGCCGCCUGCUGCAGACCUGGGGGCAGACGCUCGAAGGAACAGCUCUGGGAACUCCCCUCUGGCAUCGGAUGACUCUUCCACAGAUGAAGAGCAACAAAAGGAGGUCCCUGAGCUGCCUGGCACCGGCCAUCUCACACGGUCCCACUCGGAAAAUGCCAUUUCGGUGAAGGAAAUCAUCACAGAGAUCGAGUCGAUCAAGCAGGGAGCGGGGCCUGCCCAGCAGAAGGAGGGUUCGGCCAACCUCACCCCGACGCCAAAGAGGAACACGGUGCACGACCUGCCAGUGGAGGCCAUUUGGGCAUCAGAAAGGGCGGAUCAGAGCGAAGGGCACCAGGAAAAGGAGAAAGACCCUCUGCAAGCUGAGCAAGAAGCUGCUCCCUCCCCGCAGCUCUCCUCCUGUAAGUCAGAGCUGGAGGAGGGCGAGCAGCACAGCGUCCACCCUGAGCCCAAGUGGUGCCCCGGCUCCGUCCGCAGAGCCACAAUGGAGUUUGAGGAGCGCAUGAGGCAAGAGAACGAGCACCAGCACGCGUCCCCGGUCUGCGUCCUCCCGACCCGCAAGAACUCCAGGAACGACUCCGCUGCUGCUGAGCUGCUGCCACGGGGGAGGACGGAGGAGCUGCCCCUGGAGCUGGCUCCAGAGGGUGGCACAGCGCAGGGCUCCGAGGAGCCGCUGUCCUCGGGGGCAGAGCAGCCUGCGGGCAGGCAGCUGCCCACACCACUCGCCCACCCCACGGAGCCCGGCCCGGGGCAGGAGGAGCGCAGGGUGGUAGUCUCAUUCGAUGGCACGGAGGAGCCGACCCUGCCCUCCCUCCUUCCCAAAAGAAUCGAAAUCAUCGAGUUCACUCCCACGGUCAGGGCUGCCGAGAGCCCCGACGCGGGCGAUGAGCGGCCCGCAGCCCUCCCCCCGCUGGAUGAAAACUUGAACCCUUCGCUGUGCUCGGAGAAGGCAGCGGCCUCUUUCCCAGCUCUGGUACACCCGCCGCUGCCAGAGCACGCGGUACAGCAGCAGCCUGCCUGCACCCCGCGCAGCCCCGCCGAGGAAGGCGCUGCCUUGACCCUUCCCCUCGCUGCCGCUUCCCCCUCUGCCCAGCUCCCCUGCACGCCCUCAGCCAGCCCCGACCGCUCUGCGUACCCCUGCGUGAUCCACCUGGAGGGCGUCACCGAGCAGAGCACGAGCACGGACGAUGAGCCGGCCGCGCUGUGCGGCACUGCGGGAGCUGCGGCUCUCCCGUUCAGGGACGGCAGCCAGGCUCCGUGCCGGGGCGGCGCUGGCUCCUCCACCAGCCGGCACGCCGGGAACCUGGACCUUGCGGACAUCUCCUUCCUGUGCUGCGGCCUGCCCCACAGCUCCAGCAGCCGCAGCGUGGGGGAGCGCAGCAGCAGCCCCGGGCUGGUCAAGCAGCGAGCGAAGGAAAUAGAGGCGCGGAUCCGGCACGCGGGGCUCACCACCCCUUCCCAGAUGAAGCGCUCGGCGUCCUUGGCCAAACUGGACUGCCUGGACCUCUCCAAGGACGACUUAUCCGAGAGGCGAGCGGCCUCCCGCUGCGCCAGCCCCAUCCUCACCUGCGUGGCCCUGGGGCCGGGCUUCCACGGGGGGAGACUGGAGCAGGGCUUGGAGAGCCCGUGCGGGAAACGCCACCCGUUCUCCCCCCCCACCCUCCAGGAUCCCAAACCUGCUCAGCAUUUUGUAGAGCAGCUCAGAACAGCCGAGUGCAUUGCCCAGAGCAAGCCGGUGGAGCGCCCGCUGGCUCAGUACGCCAAAGAGUGCGGCUCCAGCCAGCAGAGCUUGGCUCCCGGCGCCGGUCCCACGUGGACUGACCCCCAGGAGGGACCCACCGUGUCGGCAGCGCCCCGGCAGCAGCACGGUAGAACUCACCCGUUGAGGAGACUCAAAAAGAGCAAUGACAGAAAGCGGACAACCAAUCCCCUGUACAACACCAUGUGAGCGCGAGCUCUCGGCCGCGGUUCCGUGCGGAGAGCUGCGCCGCCGGCACCCGAGGGGCAGGUGUAAUAUAAGGAACAUGCACUUUAUUGGUUAAUUUUAUAUCUAUUGUCAUUUUACUGUUCCUGGCGCAUGUAGGUGUGGGUUGGUUCUUCUGUGUGUGACUCUGACUGCAGGACUGUUGGUUGGUUUUGUUUUUUUAUGGGUUUUUUUUUUUUUUAUUGACUCGGAUAACCUCAGACGUUCUUUUCGUUGUCGUCGCUUUGUUUUACAAGAACACCUCUCCCCAGGGACCGUGGACGCUGGCUCGCUUCGGCAGGGCGGGGGUUCACCCCGAACCACCUCCUCCUUCCUCACUUGAAUUAUCCCCGUGCCUCAAAAUGGUGCUGGGCACUGGGGCGAGAGCCCACGCCACGUGUAGGCUGUGCCAAGUCCCCUUUGUUCGCUUUGUUCUGCAGCCCGGAGCCGGGCAGUGCCAGCGGGUCCCUUAUGGAGCUCACUUCUGCCCGUGCCCCCCAUGGGAGCACAGGGGUGGGCCUGGGGACCCCCGGGCUGCCCGGCUCCGUGCUCACCUCCUCCCCCAGCCACGAGUCCGCGAACCGGAGUGUUCUUCUAAAACAAACGCCUCGACGGGGCACGAGCCCUCCCGUUACUUGAAUACUGCUGUGGGCCUUCCACGUUCAUGGCCAUAUCGUGUCCUCUGCCCUCUGCUGCCUCCCUCCGCCCCACGUCCCCUCUCCCCCCGCCCCGUCUGCGACCCAGAGGCCAUUGUAAUUGUUACACGACGUGUUCCCCCACUGCAGGCAAAGCUUUGUCCUCUCUGCUGUCCCUCCCAGCGCUCAACCCGGAGGGAAGAUCUUUCCUGGAAGUUGUUUAUUUUUUGGGGGGUUUUCUUUUGCUAAAUUGUAUAUAUGAUAUUUAUAUAGAUUUGUUCGUUUCUAUGUUGGUUAUUAUUUUGUUUCCUUUUUUUUUUUUUUUUUUUUUUUUAAGGGCAAGACUGCAUUCUGUAAACUGGAAAACACCACCACUCUCCUCCUCCUCCGUGCUGUCCAUGGCAAUCCGCGCCCCUGCGGAGGGGCUUUGACUUUGUAACCUGUCGACCCCUUCCAGCUGCGAGCCUGGGCGCUGGCUUUGGCCAAACAUCCCCUCCAGCCCCGUGUUCUCUUGGAGCCGUUCUGCAGCUCAAGGCCUCCCCCAGACCCGCACGCUUACUCCCAGUUUCACCCCGUUCAUCCUGGUGUGGUAUGGCUGACCCCGAGCUCCGUGCUCUCGGCUGCGCCCGCUCUGCGGUGCCUGCCCCUGCCAGGAGCUGCAGAACGGCUCCUGCUGCUGGAAGCGCAGCACCCGGAGGAGGGCACAGGGCUGGAGGAGCAGCGGCUGAGGCCGUGCCUGGAUAGCAGCAGCGGUGCUGCAGGUGCAGCUCAUCUCCAGCUGCAGGGCAGCUCGUGCCACCAGAGCGCUGGGAAGCAGCGUGUGUCUGCCCGCAGCCGGGGGCUGUCCCUGCGGGGUGAAGCGAUCUGGGGAGGAUUCCCCACUCCUGCAGCUCCUGGGCUCCUCCUGCUGCCACGCUGCAGCCCGAGGCCCCGGUGCACGUCCUGCAGCAGCUCUGCACGCUGUCCCAGUAGUGCUGGCUGCGGGCUGGAGCGUGGCCCGAGGGUCACAUAGCGCUGGGCCAUGGCUUGCUGCGGGGCCACGUGGCUCCCAGUGGCUCCAGCUGGCCUUGGAGCCGGGCGGGUGGCACAGAACAGCCAAGUGCCGGGGUCAGCUGUGAAGGACAGCUCCAGCCCUCGCCUCCCCGGCUUUCUCCACCUGCUUUGGUCUCGGGAGAAAUGCCCUUUUUGCAGAGCAGAAAUGCGCUUCGUCCCAGCGCUCUGCUCCUCUCCAUGGAGCAGCGGUGCUGCAGUGCCGCGCUGUCCCCUUGUUCCCUUCCAGCGUUACAAAGGCACUGGGGGCUCUGAACCCGCUGCCAGAACGGGUGUGUGGUGCUGGGUGCCCAGCCAAAGCCACCGGGCUUGGAGGUCCCCCCGGGGCCGUGCACCCCACCCCGUCUCCAUGCCGGUGUCUCUCCCCUUGCCCGUGGGGUUUUGGGAGGAGCGCGGCGUUUUAAGGGCAUUUUGUACAAAGCAGCUGUUCCCUUGGUCCCACAAAGCCCUCCCGGAGGACGCUCUGUUGUUUACAUUGACUCCUGUACAAUAUCUCAGCCAUUGCCCCCCCCCCCCCCCCCCC